AUUGUCUGUCUGUGACGUAAACAACACUGUAAAGGAGAGUGUUUUUGUUGUGCUGAUAUAAAACUCAAGAGAAGAGCUGAAACUGGUGUACAGGCUGGCAUAACGUCGCAAACAAGUGAACAGUUAUUAAGAUUGACUACAGAGGACCUUCUAAAAACCGAUCCCAAAUUUGCUGAAAGUAAAAAUAGCUCGUGAAAACCAUGUCUAUCUGUGCAGAUCCAAUCAAGUCUCCCGUUAGAAGGGCAAUGAAUAGUGGGCUCACCAAGACCCAAGUGUACUAUCCCUCGACGACCAGACCUCGCUCCUUUUCAGCAGGCUGUUCAUCCACUAUGAGCGUAACCAAGAGACCUGGGAGUGCCAACUCUGUCAAAGUCGUCAAAGUUAACAGCUCGAGGCUUUCGUAUCCACGAACAAAAUCUGUUGAUGAAAACAAACCAUCCUCGACGCCUCGAUACAAAACCGAAUUAUGUCGACCGUUUCAAGACUACGGUUUUUGUAGAUAUGGUGACAAGUGUCAAUUUGCUCACGGUGAAGAAGACCUCAAGGUGCUUCCAAGACACCCCAAGUACAAAACAGAUCUGUGCCGAACCUACCACACUCGAGGAUUUUGUCCGUAUGGGUCGAGGUGUCAUUUCAUCCACAAUCUCGAAGAGGCUCGCAAAUCCGAUGACGAAUCCCCUCCCAGUCCUACGAGGCUCAGUUUCAGCCUCCCCAUAAGCCCUUCUCUGGAUUCUGGCAUAUCUUCACCUGACGAUAACCAGUGUUUCUCGAAUGGUGGGAGUGGAGUGUUUGAUUUUCAGAGUAUUGAUUCAAGCAGCGGUUCCGGUUCAUCCGAUGAUGGUGACUAUAUUGCCAGCUACUCACCUAAAACCACCGUGGCUACGAACUUUUUUAAUCCACUAACAGGUCCGAAUUACUUUAACUCUAUCGAAACUCGUGACAAGUGUGUUGAAUACGACAGCCUGUCUGUAGGCUCAAGCUCGUCUCCAACGAAACGUGUCUCCGAUAUCUUUGACCCCGAGCCCCAAAAUCUGGGAACCAUGAUCCAAGCACUCAAGAUACACGAAGAUGCUGCGAACCAUGCUUCAAGAAUUUCCAGCAGGCUACCUGUUUUUGAUACUAUCGCCAGUUCAAAUGAGCCUCAAGGUAAUCCUUUUUCCCGGAGCUCACCUUAUUUUUGAAAUAUUCUUUUAUUAUUAUAUUAUAUGUUUUGGUCAAUCAACUUUCCCCAAGAUUUGAUAGUAUACAGGCAUAGUAUUUAACACUCAUCCUUCUGUUUUGCAUCUUUCACUUUUAAUCAUCACGCAGGUGUGAUGAACCCUCAGUCCAGUAUUAAUUUUCUGUUCUAUCAUUUCCCCUACAUAAUCUCAUUGCACUCUUGCUCUCUAACUAUACGAGACUGGUCCUAGGCCUAAAAAACUUUUUUUUAAUCACUUAAUUAUUCUCUCCUAUAUAGAAUAACCUGUUAUUGUGAUUUCACCCAAAUACUGGUUAAUCAAUUAUUUAUUGUCAGUUUGAACUGCUAUAAUUAUUUAUUAAUUUGUUUGUGGUCCCCUCUGUUUAUAAUUAUUUAUUCCAAUGUCUGUUUUUAGAUUCAAUAAUAUUUUCUAUUGCUUAUAUGCCAUGCAGUUGAGUAUAUAUAUGAAGUUUGGAAGUUAAUACUUUGC